UACCCAAUCAGCCACUCCACAAACUCGCCUUAGCAGAACCGAGGAGCCAUUUUUGUUUCUGGUCAGAAAGCUCCAUUCACCACAAUUGAUGCAUUCUGGACUCGGUGGAGACACCUGAAGCAUUUAUGCAUCCCAUCUUUGGAUGGGUACCAUGAAUUGUGAAGAGCCGGGUAUGGAGAGGGCAGUUCUCUCCUGGUCCAGAUUUGCUUCCGCUGGCCAAACUGCCCUCAUCGAGGCCCUGAAGGUGUUCAAUCCCAUAUCCAAGGAUCUAUCGGAAACUGAGAGACAAAUGGUGUCUUUUCUUCAGGAGUUAAAAGAUGAAGGCCACAAACCUGUGGUCCUAAGGAGCAAAGAUGUAUAUGGAUACCGGUCUUGUACGACACGCCUGGUGUCUUCAGAGAUUGGGACUAGGAUCCAGAGAGUGCAGAAACCUUGCAAAAAGCGAGGCCGGAAGCAGGCAACGAGGAACAAGGACAGUGGUUACAUAUAUCUGACUACAGAAGCCAAGGCCAUCCUACAGAACCAACCCAGGAUUCUACUGACCAAUCUCUCAAUGGACCGUCUGAAGCAGACUGUUCUAUCAAAACCAACAGUGCCGUCUGAAACAACUUCUGUACAAGCACAGCAGUGCCUGAAAUUAACAAACAUAAAAGGCCUCACUGGGGGUCAUACUGCGAGAUUGCAGAUUCACUUCGGUGUGGACUCGCAAAGCACAGUCAGUCCCAGCAUUCAGUGCCCACUGCCGCUCUCUGGGAUCCCGUGUUCUCCUUCAGAAAACGGCGCUCGGAUGACCAGCGUAGUAGCCUUGGAUAAUAAACGAGUUUUGUCCUGUCCGGUCAAAGUGGACGACGCCCUCAUCGGAGACUCUGCCCCAUUUGUGUAUCAGAACGGCAUAAGCCUGAAAGAGGGCACCAGAAAGGUCCCACUGACGUCGGGAGAACCAGACAUGAUAAACAUGAGCAACGGCUUGAGCUGUGCGGACACUGAUUCGGCGAGGAGACUAAACGCCCAAGGUUUAGGUUGGUCUCAGCCUGCGCUCGUAACGAACGGUCAAGAUGUGUCUAGACUGAAUGAAAAUGGGGUUCAGUGGAAAGUCAUCAAAGUGGACGAGUCUGUCACCGACGAGGAGGGGCUCCUGAGCGGCGCAGCCAUCUAAACGUUGGCCAGAUCAUCGAGAGAUCACCGGUUUGAUCACUGGUGGUGCCACAGCCAUCCGUGGCCAGGAAUCCUAGAGAGCUUGAUUGGCCUUGCUCUCUCUGGGUGGGUAGGAUGGCCCUCCCUCUCCCCAUCACUCAGGCUAGCAGUUAGUGUCCUCCUCCAAGGGUGUUGAAGCCUUUCCAUUGAUGAUGUGUUCAAAGCAAGGACGUGCAUGCUAGCCUUCAGUCUCCCAGCACUGAUAGCAUUGUGUGAUAGGGUGAUAGGGGAGUCCCAGCUACUGAUUGGCAAUUGGAAAAAUAAUAAUAAUGUUGUGAGGUCCAAGUUAAUACUUCACAGGUUUAGUUAAAAAUUGUUAUUGAAUAAACUUCUGAGAAAUAAAGUUCUGACAAAAUAAUUCUGAUAAAUUGUUACUAGAAUUGCAAACUUACUGCUUAUUAUUAUUAUUAUUAUUAUUAUUAUUAUUAUUAUUAUUAUUAUUAUUAUUAUUAUUGUAAUAUUUUUUUAUCCAAUCAAGAUUCUUGAAAGGCAGCAAGGGGCAUAUUUACAGUUUUCAGUUUUGAUCAUGUUUCAAAUUUCAGAAAUUUUCAGUUUGUAUUGGAAUUAUUACAGGCUUAGUAUAGAAAGUGUGUAAUUUCUUCAAUUCAUUAGACCCCCUGCACCGUUAAUGUCUUUAGAUUGGAAACAUCAUUAGAUUAAGAUAUUUUUUUUUAUCACAGGUUGAAAGAGAUGGCCUUACUCCUUCUGAAAGCAUGAAAAAGACAAAAAAGUAACAAUUACUUUUUUAUCUUUCUUUCCAACUGUUUUGGUGGGGGAGGGGAGGGCUAUUUGUGCGUGCGUGUGUCUUUUUUUUUUUUUUUUUUUUAAUGUGCCAACACUGGUAUUUUGGUGCUUAUUGAUUACAAUAUUGCCACUAGCAUUCCCACUUAUUGUGUAUUUAAAAUUGGUCCUCAGUAUCUGGGGCUACGCUUGCAUUAGCAUCUAAAUUGGCAAAUCAUAUCAUCAUACUACAUACUACCUACAUACUACCUGGCUGAAAAACACACCUCAUUAUAGCCCUUUUCCAUCUAGAUGUUUUUGUCCGUCUGACUUCGGCCGAUUUUACCAGAUACUGCAGCCAAAAAGUUUUAUGUUUGGGGUUCUACAUUUUCCAGCAUUUUUUGGUUGUCUAAAGGUUCUCCUCUUACAUAGUUUCUGUAUCCAUGUUAUCAUGGUGACAAACCUACUGGGUUUACUAACAUUUACAAGAGCAGCAAGUUUCUAAAAUGGCUGAAAAGAUUGAUUUUUGUUUGUUUUGUGUUUUCAGUUAUAUAUAGUGUUAUUUUUUUCGUUUGAUUAUUUUCAAAUAUACAUAGUUAGACGGGCUUAGAUAUGGAUGUAAUGUUUAAGGCUGUUGCAGCAUAAAUAUCAGCGUCAAAUGCCUUUUUGGCAACCCCUCCCAUCUGACUUCGCAUUGUUAUCGAACUGGUUGUUCUGGAGGAGGUAUGUUACAUCUAAAACUCUGAUGUCAUAAACAUCCUUUUUUCAGCCCUCUUUCUGACAGCUGCAGUAACUGCUUACAUCCAGUUUUUACCUCGGCCUACUCCCACGAUCAGAACACACUUCAUCUUUCUCUUUUUUUUUUUGUUUUUUUUUUUUUGUUUUGUUUAUUACCAACUGGUUAUUUUUUUAUGCAGUUGAAUCUGUGACCUUGAAAGCUGUAAAUGUCAGUGUUGUAUCUUUAGUUAAUAUUAAGAAGUUGUGAAUUAAAGUAUUUAAAAAUG